AUGGCGGUUCAUCCAACCACAUCAACUUUGAGAGUUCGUAUAACAUUCACGGAGCUCCAACGCAGUAGUUUAAAACAGCCAAAACGACGUAUAUAUCCAGCCAAGAUUGUUAAAUUUGAAGAUGAGUAUAUUGUUGAUGCAAACCAAAUUGGAACUCUUAAUUGUACAGCAGAAGGAAACCCUCCACCUACUUAUACUUGGACUCCAUGUGGCUCACGAAAAUUUUGUAGCAACAAUUCAAUUGAUCUUUUUAAUGUCUGUAAUGAUGUCAGCUAUACCUGCAAAGUGGCCAAUAGCCUUGGAAAUGACUCAAAAACUGCCAAUGUUUACAUUGGAGGAAAACUGAUUAACACAACGAUUACCCUCAAAGGUGAACCUUGUGAAGAUGGACUAAGCAAUAAAUCUUCAGUAGAAGAGACAUUUAAUGAACAGCUUAUAGCUGCUUUUGCAGAUAAAUAUGGUUACGAAGAAGUGCAGUCAAUGAGUGUGAGGUGUGACAAUAAAACUGUUGAUCUUGCACUGAAAUUCAACUCCACUACAAAGGGAAAAAAUGUUAUCACAACACUUAUAAAUGCUACACUUGAGCAAGGUGGCAAACUGGGAGAGUUCAGUGUGUCUGCUAUUAAAUUGAAGACAUGUCCAAAAAAUGUACCUGUAACAUCUCCACCAGAGUAUGAUGUCAGGAUCACAGAUGAGAUGGCUACAGAUGAGAUGUCUACAGAUGAGAUGUCUACACCACCACCUGGCAGAUCCUCUGAGGGGAUGGAUUGGUGGAAGAUUCUCCUCAUCGCGUUUGUGGUGGCAAUUGGUUUUGGCUUUGUCGUUGGAAUACUUUUCCGCUACUUUGGCGCGAAAAGUAAGGGCUCAAAGAGUAAGUAUUGCGCAUUUUAAUCUAAACUGUGAAUUUAGUCCAAUUUUAAUUAAUUUUUUAUUUUAGUUUUCAAAGACUAAAUUAACAUAUUUAUAUACCUCGAAAAAUUCAUGGUCGCUAUGUUAUUAAUU